AUGCCCAGGUCCGACUCAAGUAACAGUUUUGAAUACCGAGCAGGUCCUAACCAUCGCCCUUCCAACAGACCCCAAAGAGAACGAACUUAUGAUACCAUCGACGAAGUCAAUCCAAGAAAACCUCCAAGACCGUCAAAACCACCAUCUAUUACCAGCUCAAACAGAUCAAAGCCAACUCAUGAUGUCCACAGCUGGGGAAGAACGAAAAACUCCACUCCCCCAUCAAAUGCUUCCUCGUUUUCUCAUCAUGAAAAUGUGAGAACUACCGAAGGAGGCUUGUCUCGGCAAUCUACUCUGAACAUUCGAUCGGAAAUAUCAAGAAUAAGAGCUGAACUCCGUCAACUCGAAAUGGACGAUUCAAGAAGUCCUAGCGAAAUGGCCGAGCUGACAUCUCACUAUGAGCUCCAGCUCCGAAAAAUGGUUCAUGAACAAAUACCUGAGAAUUCCUCUAUUCACGAGUUCAUCCAUCCUGAAGACACUAUUCGACCGCCAAGCAGACCCGUGAAGAAUCGAGCGCCUCCGCCACCAAAUCAGGCCCCAUCAAUUGUUAGCCGCUCAUCAAAAAUAUCCAAUCGACGGGCAGAAAUUGUCGAUCGACCGACGCCAAAAGUAAGAAGUCGUCAAUCGUCAAGUCAACCUAUGCCACAGCAAUCGUCUACUCAAGCAAGACGGCGGAAGAAACCAAAAGAUGAAUUCGAAGAUCUCCCCCCAGCAACUGGUAGACCCUGGAUAGACGCAGCUGGAAUCGAGCGAAUGGCUGAAGAAGAUGAUGGCGAGGACUGGAGCCAUUUCAAAGAUUUUGUGAUGGACGAUACUCCCGCUCCAGAGGCAUCGAUCCCCGUCCCAAAGGUCCAAUACAAACCAACAAACUACAUCUACCAGUUUCUUUACAUUCUAUAUCUUAUUUCCUUGCUGGCUUACAUCUACGUCCGGCUGACCUUCACUCUGGACGCACCUGGAUUGAAUCGAAUUUACUGCUGCCUUGUGGCCAUUUUGGAGAUUUCAACGUGCCCGAGCUUGAUUAUUCAAGGAAUGACGAUGUGGAAGUGGACCUCUCGCGAAGAACCGUCUCUGGCAGCUUUUGAAAGACCAAAAUUUCAUACGAUUCGGGUAAUGAUUCCGACUUACAAUGAGCCCCUGGAAGUUGUCGCUGGAACACUUCACGAAGUUAUGCACAUGGAUGUCCCAACAGGACUUCAUCUUCAUAUUUAUGUUCUUGACGACGGGAAGCGAGGAAAUCUCGAAGAAUACAUCCUUGGGAGGCGUACAAAAAGAAAUAUCAAUCACACUCUUCGGUUCAUUUACGACUACGCGGAUGCGAAAGGAGAAGCUGUUGUUGUAUUCGACGCUGAUUUCAUGCCCCGGCGUAACUAUCUCUGGCGAGUGCUUCCGGUGUUUUCUGAAAAGCGCGAUCGACCGAUUGGUUUGGUUCAAACGCCUCAGUUCUUUUACAAUGUCAACGCGGAUGAAGAUGUUUGGGAUCAUUUGAAUGUUUCCUUCUUUCAUCGUAUUGAACCUUCUCUUGAUCAAUGGUCCGCUGUCAACUGCUGCGGGACGAAUUUCACCGUGCGUGCGGAUGCGCUAAAAUCAGUCGGAGUUUGCUUUUACUUUUUGAUCUACUAUACUGUCGGCAACUUGCUCUUGCUCUACCCACCUCCUGGUUUUCAAAUCAAAGACAUGUGGAAUGGAGAACUUGCCUCGACCAACCUUUGGUACACUUACUUUAACGGUGUCAGAAGAAUCGUGGGAGUCAAAUUGACCCAAGGAAGAGGUGAAUUGACAUUCAAAGCGACAAAGAAGAAAGCUGAAGGAGAUGAAGAUAACGAUUCCGGCGUUGGAUUUCAAAAAGAAGAUGUUCGUGCUUGCUACAUGCACUUUAUCAUGUUCUUCUUGAUGCUGAUAACAAUUUUGUACGCGAUCAUAAAGGCCAUUAUUGCGCGAUCGGUGAAAUUUUACUACUACUAUAUGUACAUGAUUGGAAUGGGCUGGUCACUCAUCAAUAUUAUUCCGUAUUUGAUCGUGGUCAUCUAUUGUUGGUACAGAACUAGAAUUCCUGGAAUUAUGUGCGCGAUUUUGAGAAACGUUCAACUUUUGCUCCGAGGAGCAUGUGCCAUUUUGCUUCUCAUUCAAGCGUUCACAACACGAAACCUCACAGAAAAGUUCGUUUGCCCGCACCCAUACUCAGCUACCAUAGGAAUUGACAGAUUAACGAUGAUACGAACUCUUGACGAUGUGACUGGAAAGGAGAUUGAGCGCAAUACCUUUUGGUUGCUUGGGAUGAAAGACGAUUUCUAUACAAUCCAGCAGAUUAAACAAUCAGCUUGCGAAGAUUCGUCUGUCCCAGUUGUUGUCUUUUACAUGGCACCACGAACAGGGCUUGUUCUCGACGAGCAAGCUUCUCAUUACAUGCCGCCAGAUCGUCUCCCCACUUGGGAAGAAUACGACGCGAAAAUAGAAGAAUAUGGCGAAGCCUUGGCUGAUGUUCCUUUGAUGCUCAUUUUGGAGCCUUCGUUUUUAAUGCACACUUUCAACUCUGAAAAUGAGUAUCAUGCUGCGGAUCAUCAACUUUCCUUCACUCAGCGCGUUGACAAGAUCAUUCGAAGAUUCCCCAAAGCAUGGACUUACGUGGAUGCUGGAAACGCACUUUACCUUCAAUGGGCAGUCAACAUGGACCAUAUUGUCGACGUGCUUCAGCAGAUGCCCGUCGGGCUCCGUGGCUUCGCGAUGAAUGUCGGCUCCUUUGUCAACUCAACGUACAAUAUGCAACUUGCCGCUGAGCUUCAUUGUCAGACUGGACUCAAUUACGUUAUCGACACUUCGAGAAAUGGCGGCAUUUUCUCUGACCGGUCUAUGGACGAGAUUAAUGAGUGCACUUACGACCCGCCCUACAUAUCUCGAGGUGCUAUCCCUGGUUAUGGCCCUGGGGCCAAGAAAGCCAUCAACAGAGUGGACAAUGACCUGAAGAUCGAUAGUGACUACGAAGACUACUAUGGCGACUACUACUACAGCGAGUACUAUCGGAAACGAAGAAGUACGGAACCCUCUCAAAAUCGCUAUCGUCGUCAAGAAUACGAAUACGACUCGUAUGGCUACGACUACUACGCAGACUAUGAUCCGGCGGUACUUGAAUGUCUCUCAAGUGAGAUUGAAAAGGGGCACGACGCAAAUAGCUGGGUAAAGACGCCCGGUGAAGGUGAUGGACGGCUCUUUGCUUCGGGUACUUAUCACGAAUGCUUGCUCGAGCACACGAUUGAAUGCUCUGAUACAUGCCCGGCCUAUGUUCCCAAGAUUAAUGGCGAAUUCGCCCGUGAAAAGACGUGCACAUGCAAUCCAGAUGAGCUCGAAGAUUACAGCUACGACGAUUCUGAAGAUUAA